AUGCCCGAUUUUUUACCCUUCAGAGCAAAUAUGAAAGUCGCGUACACGUUCAACAAAGAUGUUGGUAAUUACCACUACGGAAAACACCACCCAAUGAAGCCGCAUCGAUCUGCCAUCGUGAACAAUUUAAUACACCUCUACAGGCUUAACAACCAUAUGGACGUGCUUGCGCCGACCGAACGCGAUGCAUCCGGCUAUCAUCCCGAUGGAUAUCCAUUUGACGACAUGAAGACAACCGAUGACUGCCCGCUGUUUUAUGGCCGCAAGGCAUUCUGUGCAGAGUACACGUCUAACUCAAUGUGUGCAGCCAACGCACUGCUUACAUACGAUGUGGCGAUCAACUGGGCGGGCGGCAUGCACCAUGCACGCAAAAACUCACCAAGUGGUUUCUGCUAUAUGAACGAUAUCGUGAUGGCCAUACAGCGGCUGCUUAACUCGUUUGAGCGGGUGAUGUACAUUGAUAUUGACAUACACCACGGAGAUGGUGUGGAAGAGGCUUUUGGGCUGAAUGAGAGGGUCCUUACGUGCUCAUUCCACAAAUAUGGUGACGGGUACUUCCCUGGCACCGGUAAUUUACUUAGCAACCAUUUUUUGCGCGAGAAGGCGACCCCAUCACACACGCAGUGCAGAACAAGCGCUGGUCUUGCAAAAAAUGUGUGGUCGAAAAAUGCACCUGGCAGUCGCAUCGUUGAUGAUGCGCAUGUUUUCGACAGCGGUGCCAAUUUAAAUGAUUCGAGCCCUGACCGCGGCCUCACGAUGUACAAACCGUUCCAAAAAGAAAAAAAAAUAAAAAACGUGAUAAAUGUUCCGCUACGUACAGGAAUUGAUGACUGGUCCUACAAAUAUGUGUUUGAGCCCGUCACGUCCUCAAUUAUAAGGAAAUUUGAUCCGAGCGUGAUAGUCGUGCAGUGCGGUGCCGAUAGCCUGGGCGAGGAUAGGCUUGGCUGUUUCAAUCUGAGUGUACAGGGGCACGGUGCUUGCGUUGAAUACCUGAAAUCGUUCAACAAGAAAAUGCUUGUGGUUGGUGGUGGUGGAUACACCUUAAAUAAUGUUGUCAGAGCAUGGACGUACGAGACAAGUGUGCUAGCUGGCGUGGAGAUAGCCGGUGAUAUACCAGAGGGCCCGUAUACCGAGUACUUCCAGCCUAGCAACAGUCUAUUUCCUGAUUUCAAGCGUAAAUACGAAAAUGAAAAUACAAAAAGCUACCUGGACAGCAUAGCGGGGUACAUCCAGAACGUUGUUGAUAAGGGAUGA